CGCCGGCUAUCCAGUGAUUUCACGAUGCUGCGCAGCGUCUCUUACCAUGCCUACAUACACCCAUGCCCAAGUCUCUGGGCAACCCGAUCCAAAAGGACAAUCAAGACUAGGGGGCCUGGAGAGAUUCUCAUAGGGCGGCGGCUUUGUCGGAAGAGGAAUGGUGCGUGGGUUUCGUGACGCGACAUUACCUGUCAUCGCAUCUUGCAUCGAGGACCAUGUGGUUUUUUCCUGGAGCUAGCUAGCUACAUAGCUAGCCCAACGAAGAAGAGGCACCUUUUGGGGCGGCUUGGAGUUGGGCUAGGGACUGGCUCAUGAUAUCUUCUCUGCUUUGAAGUUUCUCUCUCUUCUUCUUCUCCCUCUUCUCUCCCCAUAUUUUCUUCAUUCUCUGGUUCUGACUUUUGGUUUCUGGAACUUGAUCAUCUUUUUCUGUUUCUAUCAGUUCUCUCCUUUCCUUCACUCGUCAUUACUCAUCAUCGGCGUCUGUUUUCACUAUACAAGCGUUUACUUCCGUUGUCCCCACACAUUCGACUUCCAUAUUGUUUGGAAAUUUAACCGCCCACCACACACAUUACAAAUCAUAUCGGAUCCCGUUGGCAAAAGGGAGUAGUAACACAAAGAAAGCAAUUGAUCUCCUUUCGUCAAGUCUACCACCGCUUCCACGAGAUCAUCCGUCCUUCGCCCGCCUUACGCCUUCAGGAACAACCGAAGGGGCAUCUUGGUCCUACCCGACUGGUCGGUGUCGAUCAAUUCGAUUCUCUCACUUUUACACCAUAAUUUCACUCAACGGAGGAUAAACAAGCAAACUUGGGAUUCAGUUCCGUUUUCAUCUUUCCUCAAACCUUGCGCGGGUACUCCGGGUCUCAGACCAUCGGUUACACCCGUACACGCAUAUACAACCACUCGAGCAUCACAACAACACCAACAACCACCAACGAAAUGCGACCUGCCACAACAAUACUGGGUCUUGUCGGCCUCUUGACAACUGCUGCUGAGGCUGGUCCUCUCAGGAGUCGUGAGGCACGGAGGCAGGCGGCGUGGCAGAAAAGGCAUGAUGAGGAUGGGACGACGACAACGACAUUAGCAGAGGGCGGCGGUGGAUCGACGACGAUUGUGGUAUCUUACACAAUACCAGGGUUUAUUGGAGUUACAACGGACUUUCCGAGUGACUUUGGAAAGUCUUCGACAUCGACAUUGACAUCGACGGGGGCGGCUGUGGCUAGCAGUAGUGGUGUGGCAGGCGCGCCUGGGGGAGGAGUGUUUGUGACGGUAUCAGGUUCCGCGAGCUCAUCGUCAGCGGCAGCAACAUCAUCAUCCGCUCUAGCAUCGAACACUCAACAACCAAACGAACCCGCCGUCACCAGCAGCAACAUCCUGAACGACCUCCCCACCGCCGUGACCGGCGCCCUCCCCUCCGCCACCACCACCGUCUCCCCCGAGAUCUACGCCAAGAACCUCGCCGACGCCCGCCGCUACAACGAGCAGUUCGCCAGUCUCACCAAGGACACCACCUGCACACCCGGCCAGGCCGCUUGUGUGCAGGGUGGUCGUGCCUACUGCAAUGCCCAGGGCAAGUUCAACGUGGCUCAGUGCGCCAGUGGCAAGAAGUGCUUCGUCAUGCCCAUGACCACCGUCCAAGGCGUGGUGAUUGAUUGCUACGAGCCGGAUGAGGCGGCAAAGGUUUUGGGGUCUGUUGCUGCUCCCAUCGGAGGAAGUAGUAGUAGUGGAGCAGGAGGAGGAGGAGGCGAGGUAGAGGUCACGCAGACAGUGGUGGUUACGCAAUCUGCCGGCACGACGACCAUGACGGUGCCUCCUCCUUAUGGAUCUGAGAGCAGUUCUGCUACGCAGAGCGUCGGUCCGGUGACAGUGACUGUUACCGUUGUUGAGCCUCCUCCUCCUGGAGGAGUACCUUUAUCGUCGUCGAGCGCUAUCACUACUUCUGCAGCAGCUUCAUCGGUCAUUGCCGCCCCCAUGCCGCCUACGACGAGCUCUGCGAUCAUAUCUUCAUCGAGUGUUAUUGCGGUCCAGCCUCCCGUUUCUUCGUCCGCUUCGGUCACUUCGUCCUCUUUGGCGAGCUUGCCUCUCACGACUACCACUGACAGCAGCAAGACACUCAUUACGGUGACUGCUACUGUCACGGAUGGCGGCAACACCUAUCCGAUCACUUUCACCAUAGAUCCUAGCUCAGCACAUCCGGCUGUGUCGUCUGUAGCUACGACUUCAUCUUCCUCUUUUCCUUCCGUCAGCAGCUCCGAGCCCACCUUGAGCUUUAGCUCCGUCAUUAGUAUGCCUCUAGUCUCCUCGAGCAGCAUUCUUUCGUCGACCGCCAGCGUCUCUUCGACCAUUAGCAGUAGCUCUUCACUCUCAGCCCCAUCUUCAGCUCCUGCUCCCGUGGCCACUACCACCAGCGUCGUUACCAGCAGCAGCAGCAGCAUCACCACAACCAGCGCACCCAUCAUUACCAGCAGCGCCGAAAGCAGCGCCGCGUCUUCCAGCAGCACCACCGACGACGACCCGCUCAUAAUCAUCCCGGUCACCGGCACCGUGACCGACUUGCUCUCUUACGAUGCCUUUGAAGCUCCCACUCAAUCCAUCGAUGUUCCUUCCGCUCCUUCCGCCCCUUCUGCUCCCUCUGCUCCCACGGGCAUUGUCCCCGGCAACGGCCUCAUCAAAGCAGCCGCCAAAGUCACCGUCACCGCCGCCCCUACUGCUGCUGCUGCUGCUAUUUCUCUCGACCCCCAACAACAAGCAUCAGAAGCAUCAGAAGCACAAUACUGGGCAACAGUCGACCGCCUGUUCAAACCCCCUCAGUACCAGUACUCCCCCGGCCACAAGAACGAGUUGAAUGUAUAUGGCAACAACAACAAUGUCAAGUUAGCCGCUGCUUCUGUUUCUGCCAGUACUUCUGACGCCGCUAGUGCUGCUAGUGCUGCCAGUCAAAGUAGUAGCGCAGUAACAGUUUCUGUUGUCUCGGUGACUGUCACCGAGACAGCUACAGCUACGCAGAUAGCUACGCAGACGCAAGAAGCAAAGGUGGUGGUCCAGACGGUUACCGCAACCGCAACCGCAACCUCCACCGCAACAAUAACAACAAAGGAAACGGCUACGGUUACUGAGACGAAAAAGGAGGUUUCGACGGUUAGGGUGACGGAUACGCUGAUUCAUAAUGAGAUGACGACUGUUACGGAGACGCAGACGCAGACGGUCACGGCAACGAAGACGAUGACGGUGGAUGGGCCGGCGGUUGGUACUGCUGCUGCGUAAGCCAACCAAUGCACAAUGAAAGGGUAAGGGGGAGAGGGAGAGGAGCUUUACUGGGGAAUGGAAUGGAAUUUGAUCUAAGGAGGGAGGGGCUGGCCCACGGAUCCAAUUUGUGUGUUGUUGGAAAAAGAAGAAGAACAAGAAUUUCUUUUGUAAAUACCCAUCUAUACAUACAUACGUCUGGGGAUUUAAAGUUGUUUGGAAUUUGGAAGCG